UGGUGUGGCGUUUUGUGCGUGGAUUUGUUCAAAGAGUAAAAAAUCAGUAACGUAUGUAAUGUAAACUUGUGAUUGGGAAGCUAAACGUUGAUUCUCAAUCUUUAUAAUAUAUUAUUCUCCACACUCCCACCCAAGUGUUAAACAAAGCUUCAACAACACAGAGUAGUAGCAACGUUCAUUGGUUUGAAUCUGCCAUGGGACAAGUCUUUGACAAACUACAAGGUAAGGAUUGGAGGGAAAAGCAAAUAAGGAAGAUAACCGAUCGAGUUUUUGAACGAGUAAAGAGUCAAAUGCAAACUAAUAAUUUGUGUUUUGAAGAACUGUAUAUUGCUGUAUUACUUGUGUACAAUGAUAUCAAUAAGUAUAUUCCUGGUCCCCAUUUUGAUCCUCCAUCAAAAGAAAAAGUCAGAGAAGUCAUGAAGAACUGCGAUAUCAACUUCGAUGGAGAAAUUGAUCCCGAAGAAUUUUACAGUUUCAUCCAGAUAAUGACAGCUGACACAGUCACUUUUGUUGGUCAAAAGCUUAUCAUCACUUUGGUUGUAGCACCGGCGGUGGCGGUGGCAACGAAGAAAGCCACUGAAGGUGUCCCAGGUGUUGGGAAACUGGUGCAAAGGUUACCCAACUCAGUUUAUGCUUCUCUUGUGACACUUGCAGCUGUGUGGUUCCAGAACGCGGCACAGGAUUCUCAGAACUUCUAGUCAUUGUUCAUCUUUGUCUUUUAAGCAGAAUGAUGUAUUUAUCUUGAUUGUAUACAUAGGAUUGCUGCUUUUUGCAUGUUUGUUAUAGAAAUGUCAAUUCAUAAAAACAAUGGUUGUGGUUGGCAUUGUGAACAAAGCUCAACUCUUGUUAUUUAUUUGUGCCUGUAAGUAAAUUAUCUUGAAUAAAAUUAGAUAAAGUUAUUAUCUGAAA